GAGGUCAAAUGUAUGCAGACACUUGACCACCCCAACGUCAUAAAACUCAUCCUGGCCGCCCGGUGCCCGGAUCGACUGCUCAUCUGCACGCCCUACUGCCCGAAAGGAAGUCUGUCUUCAGUGCUGACGUCACUAACUCCAGCACACCUGGCCGUCUACGUCAGCCAGCUCACAUCCGCCGUGUGUUACCUGCAUCAGAAGAGGGUCGUCCACUCAGACAUCAAACCCAGCAACGUCUUCAUCGAUGACCGCGAGAAUGCCAUUCUCGGAGACUUCGGUGUUGCGUUUAUGGUACCGACUGACCAGACCACCGUCCGGCCCAAGGUGGUCGGAGGCACGCCCGCCUUUAUGGCCCCAGAGUUGUUUGGACCAGGUCAUGUUGACCCCUUCAAGCUGGACGUCUACUCCCUGGGUGCGGUCAUCUGGUGCAUUUUAUUCCGACUGGAGCCCAACUCUGAGAACGUCUACGACUACCUU